GUCUCACCGUGUCAAUUGGCGGUGAUUUUCAGUAACAUUUUUCGCCAAAAAAUUACUGGGACAUCACUUUUGUAUACAUAAAGAUGGACGGAGAAUAUAUAUAAAUGACGAGGAGAGAUAUAAAUCUAAGAAAAGUGUGUACGCUUAACCACGGUUGCUACUAGGUAUAAGUGAAACCCUGGUUUGUUUGUAUGAGGUUUUUAUGUGAGAAAAGGACGAUUUUGCCAAGGGAAGCGGAGUCUGAACAUCCGAUACGAGGGAGAUAUACCCAACUUUGAUUAGACGCAGCAGCAUCCAAUCUCUCUUCAGACAACAUGACGGGGAAGGCAAAGCCUAAGAAGCAUACUGCAAAAGAAAUAGCAGCAAAGGUUGAUGCAGCAACCACUAGCAGAGGAGGAGGAAAGGCAGGCUUACAGGAUCGUACUGGCGGUGAAAAAGGUGGCCAUGCCAAGUAUGAAUGCCCUCUUUGUAAAGUUACUGUCCCUGAUAUGAAGACGAUGGCAAUUCAUCAUGAAUCAAAGCAUCCUAAACUUCCAUAUGAAGAAAGCAAAAUUGUAAAUCUGCAUGCGGUACGUGCUCCAGAUGCGAAUAAGCCUCGACCUGGAAUUCGUGGCAGUUUAAAGAAAUGAAAUUAAAUAAUAUCUGGGAGUGCAUUUAAAGAAGUUGGCUGGUCUGUAAUGCCAUGCAAGAACAUUUAUGUUAUAUCUCAUCUGGGUCUGUUACCUCUUCUGAGUUGAUACAUUUGAGAUUACAACUAUAGACUUAUAUUUGUUUGUGUCUGAUUUUCUUACACUUGCUGGCUUUCUUUAACUGCUUUUACUUGCGAUAUUUGGUGGUUCAUCCGUGAACAAAGGAUCAAGAAGAUAAAUUUUAAAGUUGUCUGACCGUUAAGAAAGUCAAGAAGAUAGAUGAUUUGAAGUACUGAACUUUGAAGAUAUCUUAUAUUUGAAUCAAUGCAAUUGUUUUUCCUGUUUC